AUGGCGCUGCAGGUCCUGCUCUCUCGUUGCAUAGAACGCGUGAAGGAUAACCGUGGGAUCAGGUUCGUGCUAGCCUCGGCUGUGGUGCUUCUGCUACUUGGCAUCAUUUGCGCAAUAUUCUUCGGAUCCUGGGUUAGGCUAUUUAUUGAUCAUGAGCUGGUGCUCCGCCCCGGCUCGAUGACCUUCGAGUGGUGGGCGCGACCGCCGGUACGGCCCUUCGUCCACGUCUACGUGUACAACGUGACCAACGCCGACGAGUUCCUGAACAACGGCUCCAAGCCCAUACUCGACGAGCUCGGACCCUACGUCUACUCAGAGGAGUGGGAGAAAGUGAACAUAACCGACAACGAGAACGGUACUCUUUCCUUCCACUACAAGAGGACCUACACAUUCCAGCCCGAGCUUAGCUCUGGCCCCGACGACGACGCUGUCGUGGUUCCUAACAUCCCUAUGUUGAGUGCUACGUCGCAGUCCAAGCAUGCGGCGCGAUUCCUCCGUCUCGCCAUGGCCUCAAUCAUGGACAUCCUGAAGAUCAAGCCGUUCGUCGAGGUCUCCGUGGGUCAGCUGCUGUGGGGAUACGAGGACCCCCUGUUGAAACUCGCCAAGGACGUAGUGCCAAAAGAACAGAAGCUGCCCUAUGAAGAGUUCGGACUUUUCUACGGGAAAAACGGCACGUCACCGGACGUCGUGACGAUGUUCUCCGGCGCGAACGAUAUCACCCGUUACGGCAUUUACGACAGGUACAACAUGCGCGAGCGGCUGCCGCACUGGACCACGGACGAAUGCAACAGCAUCUCAGGGUCGGACGGCUCCAUCUUCCCGCCGCACAUCACCAAGAACGACACCCUGGCCGUCUACGACAAGGACCUCUGCCGGCUGCUGCCUCUCAGGUUCCUGGAGGAGGUGGAGUCGGAGGCGGGCGUGCUGGGCUACCGUUUCACCCCGCCCGAGGACGUGUUCGCGGCAGACGAGCACAACCGCUGCUUCUGCCCCGCCGGCCCGCCCUGCGCGCCCAACGGCCUCUUCAACGUGUCGUUAUGCCAAUACGAUUCCCCGAUUUUGCUGUCUUUCCCCCACUUCUACUUGGCGGACGAGAGUCUCCGGGAGGCGGUAGAGGGCAUCUCGCCGCCCGUGGCCGAGAAACACCGUCUCUUCAUCGACGUGCAGCCGGAGAUGGGCAUCGCGAUGCGCGCCCGUGCCCGUAUCCAGAUCAACCUGGCCGUCUCCCAGGUGGUCGACAUCAAGCAGGUCGCCAACUUCCCGGACAUCGUGUUCCCCAUUCUCUGGUUCGAGGAGGGUAUCAACGAGCUGCCUGAACAGGUGACGUCAUUGCUGCGACUGGCCACCAAGGUGCCGCCGAUAGCCCGUUCGGCCCUCGGGUGGGGACUGUCCGCCCUCGGUGUACUGCUCAUACUUCUGGCCGUCACCUGCCUCAUCAGGUCGUCGCACCGCCAAAGCACCUUGAGGUUGGAGGGACACGCGGUAGCCAAACCGCCGCCGGCGAAAACACCCGGCAAAGAAAAUGGCUACGAACUGAACAAUAGGAGA